AUGGCUUUCUGGGUGAUGGUCCUAUGUGCUGUCCUGGCAUGCAUAUUGGGGGGGCUCUAUCUGGUGGGGGCGUUCCGCCAGAGGAGAGCCAAAGAGCCCCCUUUAGAUAAAGGCCUCAUUCCGUGGCUUGGACAUGCACUGCACUACCGAAAGGACGGCGUUGCCUUCUUGCAAAGGAUGCAGAAGAAGCAUGGGGAUAUCUUCACGGUACUGCUUGGAGGAUACUAUUUCACUUUUGUGAUGGACCCCCUCUCCUAUGGAGCUAUUGUGAAAGAAGCAAGAAGCAAGCUGGAUUUCAACGCAUAUGCAACACAACUUGUGGCCCAAGUGUUUGGUUUUCAACCAGAAAUGAGCACUCAUAAGAUAAUAGAGAACGCCAGCGUGAAGCACCUCAAGGGCAAUGGGCUCGUGGUGAUGACCCAGGCCAUGAUGGACAGCUUGCACAGAGUGAUGGGCCAUAGCAUGAGUUCAGCUGGAGGGGAGAAGUCCUGGAAACAGGAUGGGUUGUUCCACUUCAGCUACAACAUGGUCUUUAGGGCUGGCUAUCUAGCCCUGUUUGGAAACACAACCAGCAAAGGUGAGAAGAACAAAGAAGAUGCUGAGAGGUGUGACGUAACUCGCUCUGAAGAUGUGUUUGUAGAGUUUCGCAAGUAUGAUAAACUCUUCCCAGGCUUUGCUUCUUCCACGCUGUCUCAUGGAGAGAGAAAAGAGGCUGAGUCUCUGAAGAGACUAUUCUGGAAACUCAUGUCUGUGAAGGAUGUAUAUGAGAGGAGUAACAUCAGUGGCUGGAUAACUGACCAGCAAGAGCAACUGGCUGAGGCUGGGAUGCCUGAAUACAUGAGGGAUAGAUUUCUGUUUCUGCUCCUGUGGGCAGCUCAAGGUAAUACUGGACCAGCUUCCUUCUGGCUUCUUGCCUACCUGAUGAAAAAUCCCAAGGCGAUGGAUGAGGUGAGGAAGGAAGUGGACAGAGUGGUGGGAGAAUCUGGCCAGGAAGUGAGGGCAGGGGGUCCGGUGCUUAAUGUCACCAAGGAGAUGUUAGACAAGACCCCCAUCUUGGACAGUGCUGUGCAAGAGACUCUGAGACUGGCAGCAGCCCCUAUGCUGAUCAGGGCUGUGUUAGUGGAUCUAGAACUCAAGAUGAACGAUGGGAGAAAAUACCUUCUGCGCAAAGGAGACAGAGUUGCCCUUUUCCCCUUUGUGGCAGCACAUAUGGAUCCAGAAAUCCACCCAGAUCCCCAUGUUUUCAAAUAUGACCGGUUCCUCAGCCUAGACGGCAGAAAAAAAGAAUUCUACAAGAAUGGAGAAAAGGUGAAAUAUUUCACCAUGCCAUGGGGUGCAGGGACUUCCAUGUGCCCUGGGCGAUACUUUGCUACCAAUGAGGUGAAACUCUUUGCUUUCCUGAUGCUGACAUACUUUGAUAUGCAGCUGGUUAAUGUGGAGGAGGAAAUCCCUCCCGUAAUCAAGAACCGCUAUGGGUUUGGUGUGAUGCAGCCCACACACGAUGUUCAGUUCAGGUACCGACUUCGCCACUGA